ACCACAUGAUCCCAUAAAACAUUCAUCACCUCUCAAUCCCUGAUCCAGCUCCAUAAAACAUUCAUCUUUUUGCUUUUUUUUUCUCUCUCUCUCUCUCUCCUCUCCUCUCACUGGUUUUUCCAUACAGUAAAGUAGGUAAGGAAAUAAGAACUGCGAUUUCUAGCACAAAGCCUGGCAGGCAGAGGAAGCAUAACUACCCACUGGAUACUCAGCACCAGUGCUGGUGGGGGGGAACACCAAGAGAUCUCCUUAACCCCCAGGCUCAUUGUGAAGCUCCCCAAGUAUCCCUUAGUGAAUUAGUUUGGGGUGGAAAAAAAAGAAGAACAAGCUAUGGAUAUUUUAAAUGGAUCUUGAAUACUAAUUGGAAGAUUUCUUCACACCUCCCUAAAACUGAAGGGGGGCAAUCAUUGAAUGGGAUAUUUCCUUUGCAGUCAUUAUAUAUCUUUUUUUUUUUUUGUGGGGAGGGGUGAGUGUGAUUCAUUUUGCUUGAAGUUUUAAUUUCCCAAGGAUAGUGUAUUUAUAAAAUACAAUACAAUACAAUACACUCCUGUUCAAGUCUGCACAACAAGGAAUAUAUUUCAGAAAUCCUAAAAUGAAGAGAAUGUUUGAUAGAGGACUAUCUGGCAAUUUCUGUACCAGAGUGUUUUCAUGUUUUGGACUUGUGGGGAUGUGGAACAGCAGUAUUGUAGAUCAAGAGAGCAUCUGAAGAAACCUUCAAGAUACAAGAAUGCAAGGAACAAAGUUACUUUUUCUUGUUGCCUGCUGCAUCAGCUUCAGGUUUAAAGUAGAAGGCUGUCCAGAGGCUUGCAUAUGCUACGAUGAACCUAAGAUCACAAUCAGCUGUCAGCAACAAAGACUGACUGUAAUCCCAUCAUACAUUCCAAUACAGACUCAAAGGAUAUUUCUCCACAACAAUAAAAUAACUUUAAUAAGGUCUACUAGCUUCACAUCGUGUCAAAAUCUCACUAUUUUAUGGAUUCAUUCAAACAAUAUUAGUUAUAUUGAGUCUGGAUCUUUUCAUGGAUUAAACAAGCUGGAGGAACUAGACAUGAGUGACAACUUUAAUCUUAAAACCAUUUCUCCACUCACAUUCCGAGGGCUUGUCCAUCUACAUACAUUACACCUAAAUCGAUGUGGUUUGCAGGACCUGCCGCCAGGAAUUUUCCAAGGUCUUUUUUCUUUGCAGUACCUCUAUCUCCACGACAACAAUUUACAUUUUUUGCCUGACGAUACUUUUGUCGAUUUGGGAAACCUCACUUUCCUGUUUCUCCAUGGUAAUAAACUCAAUAGUCUAUCUGAAAAUGUAUUUAAUGGUCUAAUAAACUUAGACAGAUUGCUGGUUCAUCAGAACAGACUUACUUUUGUCCAUCGGAGAACGUUCCACGAUCUCAAAAAAGUGACGACCCUAUAUUUGUUUAACAACAACUUGACAGUCCUUAAGGGAGAGAUAUUGUCACCUCUUGUAUCACUUCAAUAUUUACGUCUAAAUGGAAACCAGUGGAUCUGCGAUUGCAGAGCUAAAUCUCUGUGGAAUUGGUUAAAACAGUUUAAAGGGUCAUCGUCAGAGCUGGAGUGCUACAUCCCACUGAACCUUGCAGGAUCUGAUCUCAAGAAACUGAAGAUCAUUGAUCUGGAUGGGUGUACCAACACUUCUUUCAUUCAGAUGAGAACAGGUUUAUUUACUGCAAAGAGUGGGCACGGGAAACAAACCGAUGCAGAAACAUUCUUGGAUUUGGACGAGAUGGCUGAUGAUUGUUGUCAGCCGGUGAAUAAGCCUUCAUUUACUGGAACAAAUGCUAAAACAGGCCCUUCUUCACAUACAAGUCGAGUAUCACCAAACAUCCCGGUAAAAGACAAAGAAAAUAUUUCUAAAACAAAAAUGGUUGGCAAUGUUGACAACAGAAAAAACAGAACGCACAAGCAAAUCAACGACUCUCCCUUCGGAACCUUUACCAGCAAAACAGACAGUUCACUUACCAAGUUAAAGCAAAACAAUGUGUUUGAGUCUGUUGAACCUUCUACAGUCCCAAAUAAAAAGAAAAACCCUUGCUUGAAAAAGGUGAAGUCAAAAUCUCAGUGUCGAAUGUAUCAACCAGGAACUAAUUCUGCUUUGCUAAUUACAGCAAAUCUCCUCUUUAUUACUUUGUUCUCGAUUCUACCUAUAUACUCUUAAAGCCUAUAUUUUCAUUUUGAAACUGUUUCAAAGAAGGCUUAUGGCUGAGCUCCAUAUGUUGUUGAAAACAAAGAAAAACAAAACCAAGCUGUUCACAAAAAAAAAUACAGCUUCACAAAAAAAAGGUGAUUGAAUAUUUUUUUAUGGUUGUGUAAUACAAGUUUAUAGAGUGAAGAAAUAUUACUUUAAUCCUCAUAUAAAUAAAAAAAAUGUUCCUGGAAAAAUAAAAAACGCUAAACAUUAAAGUUUAGCCUUUCUUUGUAAUUAAAGUUGUACUUAAUAAUGAUACAAAAUGUACAUUGUAAAAAAAUGCUGUUUGUCUGCUCUGUUUAUGAAUAGUAUAAUUAUCUGUACUUAUGUCAUUAAAUGUCUGAGUAGCAUUUGUUAAAAAAUGCUAACCACUUAUCUACAUUCUCCAUGUAUACACAUAUAGAUAUGCAUUUUAUUUUACUUGUGCUCAAAUAUAAAUGAAGUAAAAAAUAAACAUUUUCCUUUUUUCAGUA